AGGAGGCGAGCCAAAAGGACACACAGCAGCCACAACCCAAUUCCUAUUUUUUUCCUGGCCGCCGCCGCCGCAGCUUUUGUUUGAUUUAUAUAGCCCACACACGGGGCAGCGCCGAGCAGAGCUCCUCCUCCAUCCUCCUCUGCAUCUCCGCCCUCGGCCACAGGAAACAGCGGCAGGCAGGAAGACACGCACGCACGCACGCACCCAUGGCUGCGGACAGCAAGCUGCAGAGCCCGCUGCUGCCGCCGCCGGCCGGUAGCGAGGGCGGCGGCGACGACGAGGGGCACGGGGCGGCCAGCAAGCGGCUGGAGAGCAUCCUGAGUGACGAGUCGGUGCCGUGGGCGCGGCGGAUGUGCGCGGCGACGGCGGUGGAGAUGCGGAUGCUGGUGCGGCUGGCGGCGCCGGCCGUGCUGGUGUACAUGAUCAACUACCUCAUGUCCAUGUCCACGCAGAUCUUCUCCGGCCACCUCGGCACGCUGGAGCUCGCCGCCGCCUCCCUCGGCAACACCGGCAUCCAGGUCUUCGCCUACGGCCUCAUGCUUGGCAUGGGGAGUGCGGUGGAGACUCUAUGUGGGCAGGCGUACGGCGCGAACAAGUUCGACAUGCUGGGCAUCUACAUGCAACGUUCCACUGUCCUGCUCAUGGCCACCGGCAUCCCGCUCGCCGUCCUCUACGCGUUCUCCCGCCCCAUCCUCAUCCUCCUCGGCGAGUCCCCCGAGAUAGCCAGCGCCGCGGCCAUCUUCGUCUACGGCCUCAUCCCGCAGAUCUUUGCCUACGCCGCCAACUUCCCCAUCCAGAAGUUCAUGCAGGCGCAGAGCAUCAUGGCGCCCAGCGCCUACAUCUCAACGGCCACGCUCGCCGUCCACCUCGUCCUCAGCUACCUCGUCGUCUACAAGUUUGGGCUGGGGCUUCUGGGCGCCUCGCUCAUGCUCAGCAUCAGCUGGUGGAUUAUCGUCAUUGGGCAGUUUGUAUACAUCGUCACCAGCAGCCGGUGCCGCCUCACUUGGACUGGAUUCUCCCUCCAGGCGUUCUCCGGCUUGCCUGAGUUUUUCAAGCUGUCCCUUGCCUCCGCUAUCAUGCUCUGCCUCGAGACUUGGUACUUCCAGAUACUGGUGCUCAUUGCUGGCCUCCUCAAGGACCCCGAAAUGGCUCUCGCAUCGCUCUCUGUCUGCAUGACCAUUUCAGGAUGGGUGUUCAUGAUCUCAGUUGGAUUCAAUGCAGCAGCUAGCGUGAGGGUGAGCAAUGAGCUUGGAGCCGGCAACCCCAAGUCAGCGGCGUUCUCGGUGGUGGUGGUGACGGUGCUGUCGUUCAUCUUGGCGGCGAUAAUCUCGAUAGUCAUCCUGUUCUUCCGUGACUACAUCAGUUACAUUUACACGGGGGGCGACGAUGUGGCAGCGGCGGUGUCCAAGCUGACGCCUCUCCUGGCGAUCACCCUCAUCCUCAACGGCAUCCAGCCAGUAUUAUCAGGGGUGGCCGUGGGGUGUGGGUGGCAAGCGUUCGUCGCCUACGUCAACGUCGGCUGCUACUACGUCGUCGGCAUCCCUCUUGGCUGCCUCCUCGGCUUCUACUUCGACCUUGGUGCGGCGGGCAUAUGGAGCGGCAUGAUUGGAGGCACCUUUAUGCAGACCGUGAUCCUGGUGUGGGUUACCGUGAGGACCGACUGGAACAAAGAGGUGGCCGAAGCGAGGAAAAGAUUGAACAAGUGGGAAGGCAACAAGAUGCCUCUAUUAGCAGGCCAAGAAUGAAACGGUGGAUCCUGUAUAUGAUCAACAGAAAUGUGGUUCGUUCGCAAUUUGAUCUCCCUAAAAUGUGUAAAGUGCAUUUGUUCAUCGUGCAAUUCACCAUUGAAAUUCCGUACUUCCGUUCUGCUAUUCCGGCUUCGCAAGCACGGUAGCAGCGGCGAUCUUGUCAUGUUACUACUAGCUAGUAUAACGGGAUUCUAUGGCGAUGAUAGAUUAGUGUGGGUGGAUGAGAUCACUUUUUGUGUGAGAUAUCAAUAUUGUUGGACAGCGGUCAAUAAAAGUUCAUCCUUUGGUCUUCAAAUUCUUC